AUGACAACUAUCGCAACCCUAGAGCGCAUCUCGGCAGCAAAGCUGCGCGACCUGAUGUUGGCCCCCGGAGCCGACAGCACCAAGAUUGCCGUCGUCGACGUGCGUGACGAUGACUACAUCGGCGGCCACAUCAAGGGCUGCCUCAACUACCCCUCGCACACGCUCGACGCUACCAUGCCCUCGCUCGUGCGUCAGCUGCAGGACAAGCCGACCGUCGUCUUCCACUGCGCGCUCUCCCAGCAGCGCGGCCCCGGUGCCGCCCUGAGGUACAUUCGCGAGCGCGAGGCCCUCCUGACCAAGAGCAAGGAGCCCGGCACCACCGCCGACCCCGCCAGCAAGGAGGCGACCGCACCGCCGGUCCAGCAAAAGGUCUACGUCCUCGACCGCGGCUUCGUCGGCUGGCAGGAGGCUUACGGCGAGAACGAGGCUCUGACCGAGGGCUACAGGAAGGAGCUGUGGAAGGAUGGUUACUGGGGCUGA